CGCCCGGAGGGUGGCAGGCCUUCCUGACCAGUGAAGGGAUUGAAGCUUGGGGAUUGGGAAGCAGUCUUCAUUCUCUCCUUAGCUCCCCCCCCACCCUCUUGAGUAUCAGCUGGUGUCCUCGGGGGUGGGAGACUGAUGUAGCCAGCAGUCUGGAACGUACAGCAUUAGCGGGAUGGUCGGCCACCCAGGCUGUAAUGUCGUCCCUGACGACCUCCCAUGAGGGCGAGAGCUCCACUCCCAGGUUUUUUGUUGGUACCAGAGAUGAUGAGACAGACUUUCUGGGAUCAAACAUGAAGACAGACGAGAUCGAUUUCUUUGAGGACGAUGAGGAGUCAGAGUCGCCUCCAGAACGGCAGAUUGUGGUCGGAAUCUGUGCCAUGACCAAAAAGUCCAAGUCAAAGCCCAUGACCCAGAUCCUGGAACGUCUAUGCAAGUUUGAAUACAUCACAGUGGUGAUCAUGGGAGAAGAUGUCAUUCUGAACGAGCCAGUGGAGAACUGGCCUCCUUGUGACUGCCUCAUUUCCUUCCACUCUAAAGGAUUCCCUCUGGAUAAGGCAGUUGCUUAUGCCAAGUUGUGCAAUCCAUUUCUGAUUAAUGACCUUGAUAUGCAGUAUUACAUCCAGGACAGGCGAGAAGUAUACCGGAUCUUGCAGGAGGAGGGCAUAGACUUGCCCCGCUACGCUGUGCUCAAUCGAGACCCUGACAAGCCGGAUGAGUGCAACCUAGUGGAGGGAGAGGACCAAGUGGAGGUGAAUGGAGCCGUUUUCCCAAAGCCGUUUGUAGAGAAGCCAGUCAGUGCGGAGGAUCACAAUGUUUAUAUUUACUACCCAACUUCGGCAGGUGGGGGCAGCCAGAGGCUCUUCCGGAAGAUCGGUAGCCGGAGCAGUGUUUACUCCCCUGAAAGCAGUGUACGGAAAACGGGCUCAUACAUUUACGAGGAGUUCAUGCCUACAGAUGGCACUGAUGUCAAGGUGUACACAGUUGGGCCGGAUUAUGCCCAUGCGGAAGCCCGGAAGUCCCCUGCUCUGGAUGGGAAGGUUGAACGGGACAGUGAGGGGAAAGAAAUCCGUUAUCCGGUCAUGCUGACUGCCAUGGAGAAGUUAGUUGCCAGGAAAGUCUGUGUUGCCUUUAAGCAGACAGUGUGUGGGUUUGACCUUCUGCGGGCGAAUGGCCACUCCUUUGUCUGUGAUGUGAAUGGGUUCAGCUUUGUGAAGAACUCCAUGAAGUAUUAUGAUGACUGCGCCAAAAUUCUUGGGAAUAUAAUCAUGCGGGAGUUGGCUCCCCAGUUCCAGAUUCCCUGGUCCAUCCCAACAGAGGCAGAGGAUAUUCCCAUUGUCCCCACAACUUCAGGCACCAUGAUGGAGCUGCGCUGUGUUAUUGCAGUGAUACGACAUGGAGACCGCACCCCCAAGCAGAAGAUGAAGAUGGAGGUUAAGCACUCUAGGUUCUUUGAAUUAUUUGAGAAAUAUGAUGGCUACAAGACAGGGAAGCUGAAGCUGAAGAAACCAGAGCAGCUGCAGGAAGUGCUGGAUAUUGCGCGGCUGCUAGUGGUGGAGUUGGGAACUCACAAUGACUGUGAGAUAGAGGAGAGGAAGUCCAAAUUGGAGCAGCUAAAAACUGUCCUGGAGAUGUACGGACACUUCUCUGGCAUUAACCGCAAGGUGCAGCUAACCUACCUGCCUCGUGGGCACCCAAAAGCUUCCAGUGAAGAUGAAGAUGCCCGUAAGGAGCCCUCCCCAUCUCUGCUACUGGUGCUGAAAUGGGGUGGAGAGUUGACCCCAGCAGGAAGGGUCCAGGCAGAAGAGCUUGGUCGGGCCUUUCGCUGUAUGUACCCUGGAGGCCAAGGUGACUAUGCUGGCUUCCCAGGGUGUGGCCUGCUCAGACUGCAUAGCACCUACCGUCAUGACCUCAAGAUCUAUGCUUCAGAUGAGGGCAGGGUUCAGAUGACGGCAGCAGCUUUUGCAAAGGGUCUCCUGGCUCUGGAGGGAGAGCUAACCCCCAUCUUGGUGCAAAUGGUAAAAAGUGCCAAUAUGAAUGGGCUGUUGGACAGUGAUAGCGACUCCCUCAGCAGCUGCCAGCACAGAGUGAAGGCACGGCUGCACGAAAUCAUGCAGAAGGAUGCCAAGUUCUGCAAGGGGGAUUACGAAAAGUUAGCACCUACAGGCAGCAUCUCUCUGGUCAACUCCAUGACUUUCAUCCAGAACCCAGUAGAGAUCUGUGACCAGGUGUUUGCCCUGAUCGAGAACCUCACUUCCCAGAUAUGCAAACGUCUGGAAGAUCCCAAAUCUGCAGACCUGCAGCUGUACCACAGCGAGACUUUGGAGCUGAUGCUGCAGCGCUGGAGCAAGCUGGAGAGGGAUUUCCGCAUGAAGAAUGGGCGCUAUGACAUCAGCAAGAUCCCGGAUAUCUACGACUGCAUCAAAUAUGAUGUACAACACAAUUGUACCCUGAAGCUGGAGGGCACUGCUGAACUCUUCAAACUCUCCAAAGCCUUGGCAGAUGUGAUCAUACCCCAGGAAUAUGGGAUUAAUAAGGAGGAGAAGCUGGAGAUUGCUAUUGGCUUCUGUCUUCCUCUCAUCAAGAAGAUCCAGUUGGACCUGCAAAGAACCCACGAGGAUGAGUCUGUCAACAAGCUGCACCCCUUGUACUCAAGAGGAGUCCUGUCCCCGGGUCGCCAUGUCCGGACACGGUUAUACUUUACCAGCGAGAGCCACGUACAUUCCCUGCUCAGCAUCUUCCGCUAUGGGGGGCUCUUGGAUGAGUCCAAGGACCAGCAGUGGAAGAGAGCCAUGGACUAUUUGAGUGCUAUCUCAGAACUGAACUACAUGACCCAGAUUGUUAUCAUGCUCUACGAGGACAACAACAAGGACCCAUCUUCAGAGGAGCGUUUUCACGUGGAGCUGCAUUUCAGCCCAGGUGUGAAGGGAUGUGAGGAAGAUGGAAGUGCCCCUACAGGGUUUGGCUUUCGGCCUGCAUCAGCAGAAAAUGAUGAUAAGAAGCCAAACCAGGGCAGCAUGGAGGAUCUCUCCAAAGUGAAGAGCACUGAUGAGACAGACCAAGCGCAAGAAAGGUCAUCCCAGCCCUCUGAGCCAAUCUGCAUUCAGCGGAGAUCGCCCUUGAUCCGCAACCGGAAAACUGGGUCCAUGGAGGUGCUGUCCGAGUCCUCUUCCAAAACUGGAGGGUAUCGCCUCUUCUCCUCCUACUCCAGACAAUCUGCCGAAAUGAAGCAAAGUGGCCUAGGGUCGCAGUGUACAGGACUAUUUAGCACUACUGUGCUCGGAGGCUCCUCCAGUGCCCCAAACCUUCAGGACUACGCACGCAGCCACGGCAAAAAGUUCGCCGCCAGCCUGACAUACAAAGAUGAGCUCUUGUCUAUGCCAGCCGUAAAACGAUUUUCUGUGUCGUUUGCAAAGCAUCCGACUAAUGAUGUGCUUGAACACCACCGUGUUGCCCCGCUGCUGUACCGUUUUUCCUCUGACAAUGCCAUGAGACGGAACAUCUCCUUGGAUGCCACUCUGGCCCACCACCUACAUCAGUGUUCCUACCACCUGCGUCUCUUCAGGAGCUGGCUGAUCUCAGGCCAGGAUGACUUGGAGUGCCUCUACGGUUUUGAAGGCUGCUCCAUGGUUCCCACCAUUUACCCACUGGAGACCCUGCACAACUCCCUCUCUUUGCGACAGGUCAAUGAGUUCCUGACGUCUGUGUGCAGGUGUCACAGCAACUCGCACUCUCGAGCAUCCACAGCUCUGUUUGAUUCCGUGAUUGGAAGCCAGACACCCAGUGACCCCUUCAUGCCACAGAGAAUCCUCUCGUCCUCAUCUCUACCACUGCGCCAGCGCUCGGACAAACCGCCGUGGUACAGCAGUGGCCCUUCCAGCACUGUCUCCAGUGCAGGCCCCUCCUCCCCGACCUCAAUGGAGAACUACGCUCGCUUCAGCUUCACUGAGAAACCUUCCAUCAGUCCCCAAAUAAGUGAAGAGCGACUGAACUGCCAGCCCCCUGAACAGCGUGAGAUGGAGCCCUCGGGGGAGGCACGUGAGCUAGACCUGGGUGGGUCUGGGCCCUUGGUAGAGAACCCCCUGGGAGAGAUGCCAGAACAGGGCCUGAUGAGGAUGCCAGGGCUCUUGGAGGUCCCAGAGCCAAGCAAGGAGGAACCAUCCAAGGAGGUGCCAGAACAGGGCACGAUGGGGGUACUGGAGUUGGGCAAGACCAGGCAGUCUGGAGAGACAUCUGAAAAAGAUGGGUCAGUGGUGCUGGAGCAGGGUGAGGAGAAGCCAGCUGGGGGAACAUGGGAGCUGGGUGAGACAGGUGAGAUAGAGCUGCCUGGGAAGAUGUCAGAUCCAGGUGAAGAGGGGCCAGCUGGGGAGAUGUUAGAACCAGAUGUGAUCAGGCCAGUAGUACCAGUGGAGACAUCUGAGCUGGAUGAGGAGGAGCCAGUGAUGCAGACGUUGGAGCCAAGUGAGGAGGGGCAGCCGGUGCAGAUUCUGGAGAAGGAAGAAGAGGAGCUGUCCACAGAUAAUGCUCUAUCAGAUCAGCAUCCAUCCAGUCACCCGUAUCAGGACCAACAGCUGUCCAGUGAGAAAAGUGUUGAGGACGAGCAGCCUUCUAGUCAGCAGGAGCUACAGAACUAG